UACCAACUAACCGUAUGAAAAUAUGAUGAUAAAUCCCUGCGGUUGAUCACUGACGCUUCAGUAAGUUAUCCAAUUUCAAAGGAGAAGUCUCAAGGUUUGGACCCCAAUAUGCGAGACAAAGUUAUCUAUUCAUCUCCAAAUUUUGAUCCCAAAGUUUUCCUUUCGUGGGUCCACAAAGACAUGAGCGCUGCUGACUUAGAGGCUGGUGCUCUCACCUUGAAAACUGAUCUCAAAGGGAGAACACAACAGAAAAAACUGUUAGUCAAGGAGAACUUCGAUUGUUUUGUCUCGUGCAAAACUACAAUAGAUGACAUUGAGUCAAAAUUGAGACAGAUAGAGGAAGAUCCUGAAGGUGCAGGUACUGCUCACUUGUAUUCAGUGACACUAAAAAUUAGUGGUGUGGCAAAUCGUGCAUUUGAGCCUCGAUUAUAGAAUUUUGUUAAUGUCUCAUAUAUGCUCAACUCCUGGAAGAUUUCCAUUGAAUAAUACUAUAAUCGACGUCGAGGAUGGUGGUCCGUAAAUACCAUGCCACCCCAAUCCCCAUCGCCCCCAAGAAACAGAUUUGGGGCCACCCCAAUCCCCAUCCU